AUGAAGGCCGUACUUGUCUUGUCCGCCCUUGUCGGCGCCGUCUCCGCCAACACCCUGCCAAGCUGUGCCCAAUCUUGCGUCACCAAAUUCACGAGCGGUAGCAACAUUGGCAGCUGCCCGUCGUCCAACGCCGCCUGCAUCUGCAAGAACACUGCCCUCCUUGGGGAUUUCGCCUGCUGUCUUUCCAGCGGCUGCAGCAAGGGCGACCAGACCUCGGCCGUCAGCUACGCCCACAGCAUCUGCAGCGCCCAGGGUGUCACCGUCCCCACGGCUGUUGUCUGCUCGUCCUAG